AUGGCUCUCAUUCAUUUGAUCUUGCGGCUUCUGCCGCUCUACUCUCUUUCUUUCAUCGCCGCUGUAUCUGCCUUGCCGAAUCAGCACCCUAAGAGAGUCCUCUCGCCUACUUCACUCGGUUGCUUUACCGAUCUUGUGGAUGGUAAACGGGCUCUUAACGCUCGUAACACCGCUUCCGACGAUAUGACAAUUGAGAAGUGCGCCGCAUUCUGCUCCAACUUUGCGCUGUUUGGCCUUGAAUUCGGCCGCGAAUGCUUCUGCGGUAACUCUCGGGAUCUCAGCAGCAAGGUAGCAGACCCUACCGACUGUAACUUUCCUUGUUCUGGCAAUUCAAAGAACUUCUGCGGCGCCGGGAAUCGAUUAAAUAUCUAUAGCAAUAUAGAUGUUAAAGUCCAGGGACCUGCUACUCUGCCGGGAAUUGCGUCUCUUGGCUGCUUUGUCGAUGCCAUUCCCCGCCAACUUCCAAGCAAAAGCAUUUCCGAUAGCGAUAUGACGGCAGCUAAAUGUGCGGCUAACUGCGCUGGUUAUACCUACUUUGGGACUCAAUGGUCUUCGGAAUGUUACUGUGGAAAUGCCGCUCCGGAAGUCUCGGCACCUGCGUCCGAUUGCAAUAUGGUCUGCUCUGGCAAUUUUGGAGAGUUUUGUGGUGGCGGUAUGCGCCUGAACGUCUACAAGCUUAGUCAAACUCCAGCAGCAACAUCAGCUCCCGACACCGCCUCUACUACAAGCACCGGGAACUCUCUUAGCGGGUUUACUUACCAGUCUUGCUGGACUGAUGAUACCUACGACCGAUCGCUCAAGGCUAUCGACUACCGGACGGAUGACAUGACUAUCGACAAAUGCGCUGAAAGAUGUAAGGCCUAUACGUUCUUUGGACUUGAGUACUCCCGUGAGUGCUAUUGUGGCAAUGAUUUAACUGGAAAAGCCGCUCCAGAGAAAGAAUGCAACAUGCCAUGUGUAGGCGCACUCAGCCAGAAGUGUGGAGACUCAAACAGACUGAAUUUAUACUCAAAGGGGGCAUUGUCAGCUUCAAAGUCCUCAUCGUCAUCAACAUCAGAUACAAUAUCGACUUCACAGUCCUUAUCGCUGAAGCCAUUAACAUCGACUUCUGAUACAUCGUCUACAUCGUCUACAUCGUCUACAUCGUCUACAUCGUCUACAUCGUCUACAUCGUCUACAUCGUCUACAUCGUCUACAUCGUCUACAUCGUCUACAUCGUCUACAUCGUCUACAUCGUCUACAUCGUCUACAUCGUCUACAUCGUCCACAUCCUCAAUAUCCUCAAUAUCCUCAAUAUCCGCAAUAUCCUCAACAUCCUCAACAGCAUUGUCAAUGGCACUCGCUACCUUAACAAAUAGCGACCCCGUGAUGACAACUGUCACCAGCUGUCCUGCGGCGGCCACAUACAACGGAACUCCGGAAUACUGCUUUGCACCUGGAGGCUUGCCUCCAGGAUGCAGGCCGUCUACUAGAUUCGUUGUUGCUCCCUAUGAUCUGACCUAUUUCAUCAGAUCUUGCAAAUAUGCGCUUUCCCAGUUUAGCAGCAUGACUAUAAACCCCAAGGCGUCAGCUUGUUUGGACCCAAGUAAAGUUGCGAAUACCGCCAGCGCCAUAGCCUGCUUGAAUACACCAGAAGCGUCGCUAAUCUGCAGUUAUGACACGAAUUGUGUUACAAAAACCUAUCCGGCUAGCCAGACACCGUCAGCUACUCCGGCUACCCCGGCUACCGGCGUCGACUUGCUUGGGGACGGCGGGUGGGAAUCUGGUAAUAUGGGAGACUGGGCUGCAAUUGGAAAUGCAGCCCAUUUUAACCCUUUAGUAAAUUCUGUCCGUCCUCGAUCAGGUAAAUUCAGUCUCUCGGCUUUCUAUACGAACCAAAUCGUUGGCGCGAUGGUUUUCAAUCGCCAGCUUAAGAUUAUUCCUGGAAAGACGUACAGGUUCGAAGCGUACGGCUGGUCGACCAACCCAAAAGCGGCCAACGGUCUUCAUCUUUAUGUCUUACCUAAUGAAGACAGCACCACUAAUGAUGAAUCCAUGUUCUUCACGGUGAAUCAGUGGGAGAAGAGAUCCCUGACCUUCAAGGCUACCUCAUCUUUCACAAAGAUUAUGUUGGGCUUGAACGGAAAUGCCACGGGAACGAUCGCAGAGGGCACCAACCAACUGUAUAUUGACGAUGUCACGCUCAUACAGCUUGAUUAG